GUUCGAACGGCACACUGCGUGUACAAUACGAAGAGAUCAUCAUCUGUACGAGACUGAGAUCGUCGUGACGAUGCCUUGCUAAACGGAAGCAACCGGUGCGUCAGGAUGGUCGGCCGUGUGCGCGCCGCUUUCUUCAGCCUGGUGAUUGCCACAUCUCUGUUGCAAUACACACAGCAACAAGGAAGCAGGCAGAGUAGAGAAGUAAUAUUGAACAUCAGUGACGAGCAGAAAAUUCAAUACCUAAAUCAAGAUUUCUAUUCGAAUGCAUAUAAUUAUGGUUAUGAAGUAAGUCCCAACGGGCAAUUUCAUCACGAGGUACGCGGUCCAGACGACAUCACGUAUGGAUGCUAUGGAUAUAUUGAUCCAUUUGGAAAGCUGAAAACAACGUUCUACAUCAGCGAUGGUUGGGGAUAUCGAGUUGUUCAACCAGGAAACUCGGUUGAAUUGUUCCUUCAUGAACACGAACAUCACCACGAAGAUGACACAGGACAACAUCAUCAGGAACAUGAUGAUCAUCACGAUCAUCAUGGGGUGAUUACAGAAUGGGCAAAUCUGUAUUUCCCAGAAAUAUGUAGACAAUUCGAUGGAACGGGUUCAGGAUCAAGCGUCAUACCAAUACCAGGAUAUCCCGGAAUGCCGGAAACACCGUCACAACCCGGAUACCCAGGCACACCUGGAACUCCAGGUAUACCUGGCACGCCUGGUACACCUGGAAAGCCAGGACAACCCGGAUAUCCUGGAACACCACCACAACCUGGCACUCCUGGCACACCUGGAACGCCAGGGCAACCCGGCUACCCUGGAAAACCACCACAACCCGGAUACCCAGGCACACCUGGAACACCUGGUACACCGGGAACACCAGGGUAUCCUGGAACACCACCCCAACCUGGAUACCCAGGUAAACCCGGAACACCUGGCACUCCUGGCACACCUGGAACGCCAGGACAACCCGGCUACCCUGGAACACCACCACAACCCGGAUACCCAGGCACACCUGGAACACCUGGUACACCGGGAACACCAGGGUAUCCUGGAACACCACCCCAACCUGGAUACCCAGGUAAACCAGGAACACCUGGCACUCCUGGCACACCUGGAACGCCAGGAAAACCCGGCUAUCCUGGAACACCACCACAACCCGGAUACCCAGGCACACCUGGAACUCCAGGUAUACCUGGCACGCCUGGUACACCUGGAACGCCAGGACAACCCGGAUAUCCUGGAACACCACCACAACCUGGCACUCCUGGCACACCUGGAACGCCAGGGCAACCCGGCUACCCUGGAAAACCACCACAACCCGGAUACCCAGGCACACCUGGAACACCUGGUACACCGGGAACACCAGGGUAUCCUGGAACACCACCCCAACCUGGAUACCCAGGUAAACCCGGAACACCUGGCAGUCCUGGCACACCUGGAACGCCAGGGCAACCCGGCUACCCUGGAACACCACCACAACCCGGAUACCCAGGCACACCUGGAACACCUGGUACACCGGGAACACCAGGGUAUCCUGGAACACCACCCCAACCUGGAUACCCAGGUAAACCCGGAACACCUGGCAGUCCUGGCACACCUGGAACGCCAGGGCAACCCGGCUACCCUGGAACACCACCACAACCCGGAUACCCAGGCACACCUGGAACACCUGGUACACCGGGAACACCAGGGUAUCCUGGAACACCACCCCAACCUGGAUACCCAGGUAAACCAGGAACACCUGGCACUCCUGGCACACCUGGAACGCCAGGGCAACCCGGCUACCCUGGAACACCACCACAACCCGGAUACCCAGGCACACCUGGAACACCUGGUACACCGGGAACACCAGGGUAUCCUGGAACACCACCCCAACCUGGAUACCCAGGUAAACCCGGAACACCUGGCACUCCUGGCACACCCGGAACGCCAGGACAACCCGGCCAUCCUGGAACACCACCACAACCUGGAAGCCCCGGCACACCUGGCACUCCUGGCACACCUGGUACACCAGGACAACCCGGCUACCCUGGAACACCACCCCAACCUGGAUACCCAGGUAAACCCGGAACACCUGGCACUCCUGGCACACCUGGAACGCCAGGACAACCCGGCUAUCCUGGAAAACCACCACAGCCCGGAUACCCAGGCACACCUGGCACGCCUGGUACGCCCGGAACUCCAGGGCAACCCGGUUACCCCGGAAAACCACCACAACCUGGAUACCCAGGCACACCUGGCAUGCCUGGACACCCGGGCAAACCUGGAACACCUGGCACUCCUGGCACACCUGGAAAGCCAGGACAACCCGGAUAUCCCGGAACGCCGCCACAACCUGGAUACCCAGGUAAGCCUGGCACACCUGGCACACCUGGAGCACCUGGAACGCCAGGACAACCCGGCCAUCCUGGAACACCACCACAACCUGGAAGCCCCGGCACACCUGGCACUCCUGGCACACCUGGUACACCAGGACAACCCGGCUACCCUGGAACACCACCCCAACCUGGAUACCCAGGUAAACCCGGAACACCUGGCACUCCUGGCACACCUGGAACGCCAGAACAACCCGGAUACCCAGGCACACCUGGCACGCCUGGUACGCCCGGAACUCCAGGGCAACCCGGUUACCCCGGAAAACCACCACAACCUGGAUACCCAGGCACACCUGGCACGCCUGGUACACCGGGAACACCGGGAACGCCAGGAAAACCAGGCUACCCCGGAAAACCAUCGCAACCUGGAUACCCAGGCACACCUGGCAAGCCUGGCACGCCAGGAACACCAGGGCAACCCGGUUACCCCGGAAAACCACCACAACCUGGAUACCCAGGCACACCUGGCAUGCCUGGACACCCGGGCAAACCUGGAACACCUGGCACUCCUGGCAUACCUGGAAAGCCAGGACAACCCGGACAUCCUGGAACGCCACCUCAACCUGGACACCCCGGCACACCCGGCACGCCUGGUACACCAGGAAAGCCAGGACAGCCCGGCUAUCCUGGGACACCACCUCAACCUGGAUAUCCUGGAACGCCACCACAACCCGGAUACCCAGGCACACCUGGCACACCUGGAACGCCAGGACAACCCGGUUAUCCUGGAACACCGCCGCAACCUGGAUACCCAGGUAAACCCGGAACACCUGGCACACCUGGAACGCCAGGACAACCCGGUUAUCCUGGAACUCCACCCCAACCUGGAUACCCAGGCAAACCCGGAACACCCGGCACUCCUGGCACACCCGGAACGCCAGGACAACCCGGCUACCCUGGGACGCCACCUCAACCUGGAUAUCCUGGAACGCCACCACAACCCGGAUACCCAGGCACACCUGGCACACCUGGAACGCCAGGACAACCCGGUUAUCCUGGAACACCGCCGCAACCUGGAUACCCAGGUAAACCCGGAACACCUGGCACACCUGGCACACCUGGAACGCCAGGACAACCCGGUUAUCCUGGAACUCCACCACAACCCGGAUACCCAGGCACACCUGGAACACCCGGUGCACCGGGAACCCCGGGAUAUCCUGGAACACCUCCCCAACCUGGAUACCCAGGUAAACCCGGAACACCUGGCAUACCUGGCACACCUGGGACGCCAGGACAACCCGGCUAUCCUGGAACACCGCCGCAACCUGGAUAUCCAGGCAAGCCUGGCACACCUGGCACACCUGGCACACCUGGGACGCCAGGACAACCCGGCUAUCCUGGAACACCGCCGCAACCCGGAUACCCAGGCAUACCAGGAACACCCGGUACACCGGGAACACCGGGAUAUCCUGGAACACCACCCCAACCUGGAUACCCAGGUAAACCCGGAACACCUGGCACACCUGGAACGCCAGGACAACCCGGCUAUCCUGGAACACCACCACAACCUGGAAGCCCCAGCACACCUGGCACACCUGGCACACCUGGGACGCCAGGACAACCCGGCUAUCCUGGAACACCGCCGCAACCCGGAUACCCAGGCAUACCAGGAACACCCGGUACACCGGGAACACCGGGAUAUCCUGGAACACCACCCCAACCUGGAUACCCAGGUAAACCCGGAACACCUGGCACACCUGGCACACCUGGCACACCUGGCACACCUGGAACGCCAGGACAACCCGGCUAUCCUGGAACACCACCACAACCCGGAUACCCAGGCACACCUGGGGCACCUGGAACGCCUGGUACACCGGGAACUCCCGGAUAUCCUGGAGCACCACCUCAACCUGGUACGCCAGGACAACCCGGCUUCCCCGGAAAACCGUCCCAACCUGGAGGCCCUGGCACGCCUGGUACUCCCGGUACACCGGGUAUACCAGGAACACCAGGCUACCCUGGUACGCCGCCGCAACCUGGAUAUCCCGGAACGCCUGGAAUACCUGGUGGCCCAGCACAACCAGGAUAUCCUGGUGCACCAGGAAGACCGGGCAAACCUGGGAAACCUGCCAAACCCGGGAAACCUGGGAAACCUGGCGUCCCAGCAAUUCCAGAACAACCACCAUAUCCUGGUUCAUCCGAAACUCCAGAAACUCCCGGCAUGCCAUAUCCACCGCCAUAUCCACCAUCUCCGGAAUAUCCUGGCUCCCCUGGUAGUCCUGGAGCUCCUGGAUUGCCUGGAACACCCGGAAUACCAGGUAAACCUGGCAGGCCUAGCAAACCUGGCAAACCUGGCAAACCGAGUAAGCCUGGACAUCCAUCACAUCCGGGUUACCCCGGAAGUCCCGGUUCACCAGGUAGACCCGGUCAUCCUGGUCCUCCUGGUACGCCAGGAUAUCCUGGCACCCCCGGCACGCCAGGAACUCCUGGAAUACCCGGAGCUCCACCAAUACCUCCACAGCCAGGUUAUCCCGGUAUUCCCGGGACGCCCGGAAUUCCCGGAACACCCGGAACUCCACCAAUACCUCCUCAACCAGGUUAUCCCGGCACCCCCGGUACACCAGGAACUCCAGCAAUACCUGGAACUCCACCAGUACCUCCACAACCAGGUUAUCCCGGUAUCCCCGGUGCGCCAGGAAUUCCCGGAACACCCGGAACUCCACCAGUACCUCCACAACCAGGUUAUCCCGGUAUCCCCGGUACACCAGGAACUCCUGGAACACCCGGCACUCCGCCAAUACCUCCACAGCCAGGUUAUCCCGGUAUCCCUGGUACACCAGGAAUUCCCGGAACACCCGGAACUCCUCCAGUACCUCCACAACCAGGUUAUCCCGGUAUCCCUGGUACACCAGGAAUUCCCGGAACACCCGGAACUCCUCCAGUACCUCCACAACCAGGUUAUCCCGGUAUCCCCGGUACACCAGGAACUCCUGGAACACCCGGCACUCCGCCAAUACCUCCACAGCCAGGUUAUCCCGGUAUCCCUGGUACACCAGGAAUUCCCGGAACACCCGGAACUCCUCCAGUACCUCCACAACCAGGUUAUCCCGGUAUCCCCGGUACACCAGGAACUCCUGGAACACCCGGCACUCCGCCAAUACCUCCACAGCCAGGUUAUCCCGGUAUCCCUGGUACACCAGGAAUUCCCGGAACACCCGGAACUUCACCAAUACCUCCACAGCCAGGUUAUCCCGGUAUCCCCGGUACGCCAGGAAUUCCCGGAACACCCGGAACACCCGGAACUCCACCAAUAUCUCCACAACCAGGUUAUCCCGGUAUCCCUGGUAGACCAGGAACUCCUGGAACACCCGGAACUCCACCAAUACCUCCACAACCAGGUUAUCCCGGUACCCCCGGUACGCCAGGAACUCCUGGAAUACCAGGUAUACCUGGAAAACCUGGUAAACCUGGCAAGCCGGGUAGGCCGGGACAGCCUGGGAUACCUGGGGUCCCACCUGUCCCACCGCAACCAGGAUACCCUGGAACACCGCCGUAUCCAGAGGUCCCUGGAAAGCCUGGGAAGCCUGGACAUCAUGGACAUCCCGGAUCAUCAACUCCAGAUCAGCCUCCGUAUCCCCCAUAUCCAGGAUAUCCUCCCGGGCAUGAAGGCCCAAUUGGUGGUGUAGGUCCAGAUGGUCCCAAUGGUCCAUGGCCCAAUGGUCCGGAUGGUCCUCAAGGACCAAGCGGUCCAGGUGGACCAGGCGGGCCAGGAGGCCCUGAAGGUGGAAUUGGAGGAAUAGGAGGUAUAGGUGGCGAUGGCCCUCCUGGUCCAGAUGGUCCAUGGCCGACAGGUUCGCCCGGCCCAGAUGGGCCAUGGCCUGGUGAUCCCGACUACGUGCCUGGAGCUCACCCAACAAUUCGUCCACACUACGAAGGACCAAUUAAGAUUCAAUAUCCCAUCAAAUAUUACGAAGCUACGACGCCAACCUCUUACGUUUAUCCGUUGUAUGGACAGAAGCAAGUAGAACGGUUAACCUCUAACUCUAAGUUCGAAUUGAAAUAUUUCAAUAAUGAAACUUCGAAUGAAGGCUACGAAAAGAACGUCGAAUCUACAACGUUUACAUAUCCAAGCAAGAUAAGCGGUCCCAUAGGAGUGAAGGAUGCAUAUAUAGACUCGCAGUUGGCAAAUCGAUCCCAGAGACCCGGCUAUCAGACAGGACAAGUGAACCAAAAUGCGGACGAAAUUAAUUCUUUGCUGCAAACGCAACGAAAGGAAUUGCGUAAAUACACAGAACAGGAAGACCGAAAUAACUACGAAGAUCUUAAGAAAAUUGUAUCGCCAAUUCCUCAAACUGUUUACGACGGAGUGGGUGGUCCUACCACUAGUGCGAAGUACUCCAGCCGAGACAGAUUGCAACAGGGCUCUCGCGAGAAUCGUAAAUAUCCGCAACAAGUGACGAAAUUGAGCGAACCUGUGAUUCGAAUAGAAACGAGCCCCGAAGAAAAUACCGCCGCGCUUAUCAAACAGGUAAACCAAUUAUCCGAAAAAUCUAGCGAACCGAGCUUCGAGUUCGCUGCGAUCGGUGUUCAGCCACCGAAUCCGAUCAAUAUCAAGCCCUACGAUCAGUCUGUAGGGCCAGACCCUGAAACCUGUCCCUGUUACCUUGUCGAGCCUGGAAACGAUACAGUCAAAACCACCAGCACGACAUCCAUUCCUCUCAUUGGUCAGCUUGGCUUCAUUCCAGUAGUAUUUGUACCAUACUGUCCGGGCAACGACGAGACGGACAGCGAAAACAUGAAAGACAUGUUCCCCUCUGCAAUGCCUGUCCCAUAUGCAUGCGACACGUGCGGCUUGCAAACCGGGAAAAUCGAAACGAAGCUUCUCAGCGUGAAUCAGCUUGGCAAUAUAGAGAAUCUUCGCGAGGCGUUGCGGCAAGCAAAACUUGGCUUUUUAAAUGUUUCAGCACGGCGUCGGACGGAAAGGAGGGGGGCGAAGAGUCGGCACGUCAAGUGA